GUAAACCAAACCAAGUGAUGACAUUUUUAUAAUGAAUGAAAAACGAAAAAAGUGGGCAGAAAGAGGAUAGCUAUGAUGAUUUGCAGGUUGAGAUCUCUGCUUUCUCUUGCCAAAUGCAGUUCUCAACCCUUCCAAUCACCGGCAGCAGCAGCAGCACGCACUUUCUCUUCCUCCCAUCACUUGCAGAAUGUUGGAUUCAUUGGCCUUGGAAACAUGGGUUCCCGAAUGGCGAAUAAUCUAAUCAAAGCUGGAUUCAAACUUACAGUUCAUGACAAAAACUCUGAUGUUCUUGAGACGUUCUCUCAGAUGGGGGUUUCCACAAAGAAAACACCAUAUGAAGUUUCAGAAGCAAGUGAUGUUGUAAUUACAAUGUUACCUUCUUCUGCCCAUGUGAUUGAUGUUUAUACUGGACCAAAUGGUUUGCUUCAUGGUGGGAAACUCUUAAGGCCAUGGUUAUUGAUAGAUUCAUCCACUAUUGAUCCACAAACAUCAAGAAAUCUUUCAGCUACAAUAUCUAAUUAUAUUCUAAAAGAAAAGAAAGGUGAUUGGGAAAUUCCUGCCAUGUUGGAUGCCCCUGUAUCUGGAAGUAUAAUUGCAGCAGAAGCUGGGACACUUACUUUCAUGGUUGGUGGCUCUGAGGAAGCACUUCUCUCUGCGAAACCUUUAUUCCUUUCAAUGGGAAAAAGUACAAUAUAUUGUGGUGGAGCAGGGAGUGGUUCUGCAGCAAAAAUAUGUAAUAAUUUGGCUUUGGCUGUGAGCAUGCUGGGAGUAUCAGAAGCCCUUGCUCUAGGCCAAUCUCUUGGUGUUGCUGCAAGCACCUUGACAAAGAUAUUUAACUGCUCGAGCGCUCGCUGCUGGAGUAGUGAUGCUUACAACCCAGUUCCUGGACUGAUGGAAGGGGUGCCCUCUUCAAGGGAUUAUAAUGGAGGAUUUGCAUCUAAGCUUAUGACCAAAGACUUAAACCUAGCAUUAGAAUCAGCUAAGCUGGCUGGAUGUAAAUACCCACUAACAUCUCAAGCGCAACAGAUAUAUACUGAACUCUGCAACGGUGGCUAUGAUGCCAAAGACUUUUCGUGUGCUUUUCGACACUAUUACUCAGGAAUGGACGAGCCUCUUGACCACUAAAUUAUAGUAUUCUUAUAGAUCAUGUAACUUCUUUAUGUAUUUGUUUUCUUGUAUGGUAAGACCAUUAAUUUGAUGCAAUGAAACUGGAUAAAAAGUGUGUUGUUAUUUUUGUUUUUCAAUUAGAAGUAACUUGUGAUA